AUGGUUUUGUCUUCAAAUAAAGGCUUAUUCAUUUUCAAAACUUUUCCUGGUCACUCAAUCCAGGCUGAUGCUGAGUCCAUGCACUUGAGGGGGACGCUGGAUGGUACCAGACAGGAAGAAUUGGAAGGUGAACUCAGUGAAGAAGAACGCUGGUUUGGAAAUUCUUCAGAAACUCCUUCAGAAGCAUCAUAUGGAGAAGUCCAGGAGAACUUUAAGUUGUCUCUUGAGGACAGAGUCCAAGAGCAGUCCACUUCCCCAGAUACUUCUUUGGGAAGUGCAACUCCUAGCAGCAACACAGCAGAGCUGGGAACUAUUGAAAAUGAGGCACUAAGAGACACAUUACAGAGCAAAGAGCACCUUUCUCCUGAUGUGUCAUCUCUGUGUGAAGAAGAGCCUCCUGGUCCAAAUAAGCCACUGAGUAGUAACCUGAGACGACUGCUGGAGGCUGGCUCUCUCAAGCUGGAUGCUGCUGUUAAAGUCAAUGGCAGAGUUGAGUCCCCCGUAAAUCUUGGCUCAAAUCUCUCCUUCUCUCCACCGGCUCAUCAUGCCCAGCAGCUAAGUGUUCUUGCCAGAAAGCUUGCUGAGAAACAGGAACAAAGUGACCAAUACAAUGCAAGUAGUCACUUUAUAUGGAAUCAAGGUAAGUGGUUGCCAAACUCAACCACUACCUGUGGUUUGUCCCCUGAUUCAGCUAUCCUGAAACUGAAAGCUGCAGCCAAUGCUGUUUUGCAGGACAAAUCUCUUUCAAGGACUGAAGACACUAUAAGAUUUGAAUCCUUUUCCUCACCUUUUAGUUCUCAGUCAGCCAGCUCCACAUUAGCAGCUUUAUCUAAGAAAGUGAGUGAAAGAAGCAUGACUCCUGGGCAGGAGCACCCGCCUCCAGCUAGUUCUUUUCUUUCUCUGGCUUCCAUGACCUCUUCAGCUGCCCUUCUCAAGGAGGUUGCUGCAAGGGCUGCAGGCACCCUGUUGGCCGAGAAGAAGUCACUGGUUGCUGAGGAUCCCCUGCAGCUUUCAGAGAUGAAACAAGAGAAAGCAACUCCACCACAGUCUUUGGAAUUAUUGUUACUGCCAGUUCCUAAGGGAAGAGCAUCCAAACCCACUACUACAGCCUCAGAAGAAGAAGGAGGAAAACCUUUUCAGUGUCCGAUCUGUGGCUUGGUUAUCAAGAGGAAGAGUUACUGGAAACGGCAUAUGGUGAUUCAUACAGGUUUGAAAAGUCAUCAGUGUCCACUCUGUCCAUUUCGCUGUGCACGCAAGGACAAUCUCAAAUCACAUAUGAAGGUUCAUCAGCACCAAGACAGAGGUGAGACCUUUCAAUGCCAGCUAUGCCCUUUUACAUCCUCUCGCCACUUCAGCCUGAAACUCCAUAUGCGUUGCCAUCAACAUUUCCUCAGGACAGAAUCCAAAAUGAAGGAGGAAAUACCAGAAACUGAGGUGAAAGGGUCACCACAGCUAAGUAGUGACUCCUGCCCAGGACCACAGAGGGAAGGAGGUGGACCUGACCUUACGGGAUCAGCAUCUGUACCUAAAACCCCUGAUGUGGCUGGGCAGCCUAGUGGAAGUAUUCCACCCUUACUAGUAAAAGAAGAGCCCAAAGAUGACAAUGGCAUCUCAGCUGCACCUUUUGCUCUUGGCACUGUUGACAGAGCCUCCAACAACACAAAGCUGAAAGACUCCUCUGACUUUGUGGCCAAUACCGCAUCGGCACUAUUCAGCCAAGACAUCUCUGUCAAGAUGGCAUCAGAUUUUCUUAUGAAGCUGUCAGCUGCAAAUCAAAAAGAGCCCUUGACUCCUAAAUUUAAAGUGAAAGAGGAGCCUAAAGAUGAAGAAGCUGCAAGUUCAGCCUUGUCUCAGUCCAGCUAUGUGUUCAGCCAGGAAUCGGAAGCCUCAGCUUCAAAUGUCCCUGAGGAGAAACUCAAGCCACAGGAAGCGCAGGCAAAUGUGAUGAGGCAGGACAUGUCAGUCAAGGCGGCAUCUGAGCUCCUCAUGAAGCUCUCAGCUGAGAGUUACAAGGAAGCCCAGAUGGUAAAGAUAAAAGAAGAACCAAUGGAAGUUGACAUUCAUGAUUCGCAGGCUUCAGUGUCACCCAGCCAACCCAGCCAAAAUGUUGGCUACAGCACUUUAUUAGGGCGAGACAUCAGUGAACACAUACAGAAGGCACCAGAAGGACGUGUAAUCCCAGAAAGAAAUCUAUUCAGCCAAGAUAUAUCAGUGAAAAUGGCAUCCGAGCUGCUCUUCCAGUUAUCAGAAAAGGUGAGCAAAGAGCACAACCACAAUAAAGAUAACGCCAUCCAGACUACAACCAGCCCUUUCUUUUCUGAAGACACAUUUAGACAAUCACCGUUCACUUCCAACUCAAAAGAUCUCUUGCCUAGUGAAACUACUCUUCAUGGAAGGACGUCUGCACCAGAAACUGAAAAGCUGGGGCUGGAGGUGGGAAAUGGAUUGCCAUCUUGGAAAUUUAAUGACCAGCUUUUUCCCUGUGACGUGUGUGGAAAAGUGUUUGGUCGACAGCAGACCCUGUCCCGACAUCUCUCGCUGCACACAGAAGAGAGAAAAUACAAAUGCCACUUGUGCCCCUAUGCUGCUAAGUGCCGUGCUAAUCUGAACCAGCACCUGACCGUCCAUUCUGUGAAGCUGGUGAGUACAGACACUGAGGACAUUGUCAGCGCUGUCACUUCUGAAGGCAGCGAUGGAAAGAAGCACCCUUAUUACUACAGCUGCCAUGUGUGUGGGUUUGAGACAGAGAUGAAUGUCCAGUUUGUCAGUCAUAUGUCCCUCCAUGUGGAUAAAGAGCAGUGGAUGUUCUCGAUUUGCUGCACAGCAUGCGAUUUUGUCACCAUGGAAGAGGCAGAUAUGAAGGCUCAUGUCAACAGCAAGCACACAGCUGAAGAGAUGAAGACACCCAGUGAAUCUAACAGUCCAUCUUCAUCUUCACUGUCAGCACUGAGCGACUCUGCCAACAGCAAAGAAGAUGGAGAUAUAAUCCCCAAAACCAAGAGUUCAAACAACCUGCUCGUCAUUUCUGUAGUGCCUGGUAGUCAGACCUCAGUGAGCACUGAAGAGAAGUCAGAGAAAGGCUUUGAAUGUGUUUUCUGUAACUUCGUCUGUAAAACAAAAAAUAUGUUUGAGCGCCAUCUGCAAAUCCACCUGAUCACACGGAUGUUCGAGUGUGAUGUGUGCCACAAGUUCAUGAAGACACCUGAGCAAUUACUGGAGCACAAGAAAUGCCACACUGUCCCCACCGGUGGGCUCAAGUAAGGAAAGUGCCCGUUCUGCAUCUACUCCACGAACCGCCCUGCGGCAAUGGAGUGCCACCUGAAGACUCACUACAAGAUGGAGUACAAGUGUCGGAUCUGCCAGACAGUGAAAGCAAAUCAGCUGGAGCUGGAGAUGCACAUCCGAGAACACCGCCUUGGCAACCAUUACAAGUGCGACCAGUGUGGCUACCUGUCCAAGACCGCCAACAAGCUGAUUGAACACGUGCGUGUCCACACAGGCGAGCGCCCUUUUCACUGUGACCAGUGCAGCUACAGCUGCAAACGCAAAGACAAUCUCAACUUGCACAAGAAACUGAAGCAUGCUCCACGCCAGACUUUCAGCUGUGAUGAGUGCCUGUUCAAGACUACCCACCCUUUUGUCUUCAGCCGCCACGUGAAGAAGCACCAGAACGGGGACUG